UCCUCUAUGCUAAACCGUCUCUGAUAAUAUUUGUCUUCUUCUUCCUCCGGAUCUUUGCCCGUCAGCCCACGGUUUCCGGUGCGUCGUCAGUGAUUUUCCGGUGAGGUUCCCAGCACGCAGACAUGCCACUUGCAAAGGAUCUUUUGCUCCCGAGCUCUGAGGAGGAAAAGAGGAGACACAAGAAAAAACGCCUCGUUCAGAGUCCUAAUUCCUAUUUUAUGGAUGUCAAAUGUCCAGGUUGCUAUAAGAUCACCACAGUGUUCAGCCACGCUCAGACUGUAGUGCUGUGUGUCGGCUGUUCCACAGUCCUCUGCCAGCCUACAGGAGGGAAAGCUCGCCUUACAGAAGGAUGCUCAUUCAGGAGGAAACAGCACUAGUUUGACCAGAUGUGGUUGGACACAGUUGAGGAGGAGAAUGAACAGCGCUUGAUGGACAUCAAGUAACACUGCCAUGGAGCUGAUGAGGCAUUUAGGGAAAUGAAGAGCGGGAAAACAAAUCGUGUAAUAUAAGAAGUCUCUCUACAGAAUAUGCACAGAGAAAUGCUUGGUGUGAUUGAGAACCCCACCAACACCACAUCUUUAUUCAUUCAUCUCUCUUAAUAAACUUAGGUUUUUUUCUUUGGUAAAAUAAUCAUGCAUGAUUGUCAUCCAGUUUGUUCUUUUUACCUCAUGAAGGUUCUUAGGUGUCAUUUGUCUGGUAAAAGACUCUUGUCAGCUCAGGACUCCUUAAAAUGUGCUGGUAAAGAUCGGGGCAUUUGAGGACUCUGGUUUCCUCCAGGUGUACAGAUGUGGGGCCUCGACAGUUUGUGGCGAGUGAUUUGCAUUUGUUUGCAUUAUACCCUCAAUGAUUAAGCACAAACAAUUACAGGGAGGUGAGCGUGCACGAUGAUGCAGAUAUUGUCUACUAGUUGCUCUGCACUACAGAUGUAUGCAAGUUUCCUGUUAAAACAAGACCGGUUUUAGGAAGGAGACACACUGGCUGAAAUUGCAAAUUACAUCCAAUAAACUGUCCUUAACUACAGUUGUAUUAAGUUAAAGCUGCACUCAGUGUAAUUUAAUGUUAUUUGGUGUGUUAGGGCUGGUAAUUAAUUUGAAGGUAGAAAAUGAUGUCAGAUGUAUCAGACACUCUGAAUUAGGGUUGAUUCAGGGAAAGUCACCACUAACGCUGCUUUGGUUUCCUGGUGUAUGUAAAUCACAAAACACUGAUGUGAAACUAAAUGUCAUGAAUGGUUAUGGUUGUGACUUCAAAUGUGCUUACAAGCUUCCUGUGCAAAUGAUAAAUGUUGGAUGAAUUCUUGUGAAGUUGCAAAAAACAAUCCCACUGGCUCCCAGUUUACACAUAGCUGUAGUUUAGGCAUUAGGCUCUGGGUGACUGCAUUGAGUUGUACGUUGAUUGGAGAAAUAAAUUCAGCAGAGGGAGUGAAUGAUGACUUUGUUGUUGCUAUGGUGACAUUUUUCUUACUACUUGCUUGUAUAUUGGAUACGGCUUAAAAAUAAAAUGAUAAAUGAU